CGCGAAUCUAGACACAUCGUGAAGAUACUUUCGUCAGGAAACGUUUGUAUUAUUUCGAGAAUAUGUUUACAAAACAUAUAAAGAUCGCGCAAUUGCUUUUGUAUUGUGUCAUCGUACAAAGUUACAUAGCAGUUGAAAAUAGAUUAAAAGAAGACACUACUUUCCUUCAAGACCGGUGUAGUGAUAAAAUUUAUGAUAAUAAAAAUGGAGGCAAUGGUUCAUUCGAGUACCAUCUGCUUUCUUACAUAUGGUUAUCAUAUAAGUGGAGCAGUACUAAAUCUUAUAACUCAAACAUCAGAGGCAGAACUUUCAGUGAGCAUUCACUGGAAGAUCAACCUUCAGUGCCCGUAGAAAAAAGUGACAAUAAAGUAAAAGAUCGAAAGAUAACCGCCAACGAACUCAUAAAGCGCACUAAGUUGAUCGUAACCGACAUGAAGAAAUUUAAAAAAAAUGCAAAGAAUGCUAAUUUCUCUCAAAACUUUAAAGAAGCCAACUUCGACGCAGAUCUUUUGCUUACCUUCGUAAUGAUGAUUUAUCAAUGGACCUCCGAUGUAGCAAUCCUAAGUACUAUCGGCAAUGCAUAUUACGAGGAAAUCUUCAAGCUUCCAGAAAGAUGUACACUACAGACUAACUACACACUGCAAGAUCGUAUAGUAAGAUCCUCCGAUAUCAUAAGCACCAUUAAAGUGAUCCAAAAUCAAUUACAUAAAAUGAAAUCAAAGGAAUUGGAGAAAAAGAGCUACAACACAAUAGAACGUAAUUUGAGAACGGCCGAACUGCUCAUAAAACUUAUUAAAUCGAUCGUAUUUGAAUUAAACUAUUUAAACGUACUUGAGAAACUAAAUUCUAAGGAAACUGUAUUAUCGUUACAUCUCAAUAAAGACAUAAUCAAACUUCAAUUGUUCGCAUAUAAAUGGGUUCUUAAUAUACGUUAUCCGAAUAUCCACAAAAAAUCUAUCAAAAAUAAGAACUCCCAGCCUCCAUUGAAAGAUCAGUCUUCACUGCCCAUGGACAAACAUGACAACGAACCGACCUCUUACCGAGAUCAGGAGAAAAACGCCGCAGAUGUCUUGAAGCGCGAGAGUAGAUCGUUGACGACCGAGGGAAAGACGAUCGAUGCUUCUACUAAAUUGGUGUGCGAAUUCAAAGAAACUAUACAUCACUCAUUAGAAAUGGAUCUAUACGUUUUCGGAGUGCUAUCAUUUGAUUGGUUUUCUUCUCAGGACUAUACUGUUGGAGGAAGAUCUUUAAAUGACUUUCAGCUUACACUGGAAGAUCAGUUUUUCUCAUUGCCUGUGGAAGAGAGCGACUCUGAAGAUGACGAAAUAACCAUCAAAGACUUCAUGGAUAGUGUUAAAUUAACUAAACGUCGAAUCGAAAACUUAAAGAUAUCCGAGGAAACUACAAUGGACACUGAUAACGAAUCCUCUCAAAAAUUACAAAAUGUCAAGGGACACAUACAUGUCAAAAGAUCUAACGUUGAUUCAAACAAAAAAUACUUGAACUUCCUUCGAGUAAAAUAUGAAUUGACAAUAUAUCGGUGGAUUUCUAAUAUAAUAAUUUACAAUACCAUUAGCAAAAUGUCUCUCGGUGACAUCUUUCCACAUCUACGAGAAUGUCAACCUAUGUUUCCCGUAAAAAAGACUAACGAGCAACUAAAAGAAUUUGAGGAAAUAAGUGAUGAAAUCAUUGAUCUCAUCCAAUUGCUCCAGACAACUGCCUCCAAAAUUUGAAGACACUUAUACAACACAUAUUGGCGAUAAAAAUAAUAUAUUCUUUAAACAGUUUAAACAUAAUGAUUUCUCAAA